AUGACUGAGGAGCAUCAGGAGGCUGUUUCUUCAGAGGAGGGUCCUGUUCCCGUUCUCAAGUGGGAUCUUGGACUGUUUGAACAGAUUGUUCGGAGUUUCCGUUUUCCACCGGAGUGGGAUGCUCGGUACCAGGCUCAGGGCCAGACUGCAGCCGAUGCACCGCCGGGUUACAUCACAUUGUAUGAAGACCUUUUUCUUCAAGGUAACUUUAGGUUACCGGCGACGAACUUCAUGGGGAGUAUAUUGCACCAUUACAAUUUCCAUCUUUCUCAGAUGAGCCCUCCUGGGAUGAUUAGGGUUCGUCACUUUGAGUUUUUAUGCCGAUCUCAUGGCAUCGAGCCAACUGUCGAGAAGUUCCGUGCCUUCUACCAACUGCAACGGAAGAUGGGUUUCUUCUCCUUUGCCAGUCGUGGUGCUGCAAAGAAGAUCUUGUUAAACCCCCCAAAGAACUUCCACGACUGGAAACCUAAAUUCUUCUUCAUUCGGGAAGAGGUGCUUCCGAUUGCCAUGCCUUUCAGAGACUGGACUGAGCCCGUGUUGAAGGAAGAUCUUCCAAUCCCCAAGCAAGCAUUGUGGUAUCAACAAUUAACCCCUACCCCGAAUGGGGUAUUUGGGGAAAAUGUGUUGGUGGCCGCGCGGAUGAGUGACCAGUGGUCACCAGACAGCAAAGAGGUGCCUGUCUUGAAGAUUGGCGAUCAAGAGGCGCAACUAUAUCAAGCGGCAUUCGCCACGUUCGGUGGUUCUAUGGGCGUGCGCCCACUGCGUGAGGACGAGGAGAGUUGGUACGAGCAAAUCAGAGGCAAUUUUAUGUACCCUGUUGCUGAUGCCUUUACCUCGCCGCCUACCGCGACUGAAGGUGCGCAAUUCCCUAAACCUCGUCCUUUGCGCUCUGUGACUUCCGCUGAGAAAGAGGUUGUCUAUCUUUCCAGCGAGGAGUCUGUAGGGUCUUCAAACGGCGAGUUAAGUUCGUGGUCUAACAUCUUUGCAGGCUUAUCGCGCACAGCUAAGACAAAGACUGGAGCGGGUAGCUCAAAGAGCUCUGGAAGCGCGGGUUCUCGUAACCCCGAUGCUGGCGCGACCCCUUCGGUGCAUGAAGAAGAGGAAACUGAAGAAGAAGAUGCUGCUGCCCAGUUGGUCGGCAGAAAGAGAGUUAGGAGCGAGACCACAGCUGGUGUGGCCUCUGCGCCGAUUGUUGAUGUGAUUCCCUUGGUUGGGAAAACGAGCAAACUGCGCUCUCUGUACAAGUUCUCUCCUGAGAUCAAGAAGAAGACCCCUGAGAAGGGUGUCAAGUUUACUGAGCCAGAGCCGAAGAGGCCGAAGAUUACUAUCAAGUCUUCUCAGACUGCUGGUGGUGCGUCUGCUAAAGAGAAGAAUGUUGCUGAACAAGACGUGGCGAAGGCUGUUGAGGCGCAGCGGGAGGCUGAGGAACGUCGGAAGAAGGAGGAAGAGAAAAAGAAGAAAGCUGAGGAAGAUAAGAAGAAAAAGGCUGAGGAGGAGAAAAAGAAGAAGGCUGAGGAGGAGAAGAGGUGCGAAGAGGCGAAGAGGAAAAGGGCCUUCGAGUUGGAGAAGGAGCGGGAACAGAAAAAGGCUAUGGAAAAACCUGUCAAUGUUCAGGAGUUUGAAGUCGUUAGGGGCUAUGAGAGGAGGCAAGAGCCUGAAGUUGUCAAACCUACCCACCCCGCGCAUGCUGAGACCCAUGACCGUUCAAAGAUACUUACUUCCAAGGGGUCGAGUCGGUAUACUUCCAGUGGCGCGAGUUCUGGUGGAGCUGGGGGCUAUAACCCAAAUGUCAUUGGGGCGAAGGACACCGUCGGUGAUAUAUAUUAUAAGAGUUACACCGAGGAAGAACGUGGUGACGCUCCUCACCAGGCUCCCUGGAGUUUGAAGCAAAAGGACACUUUUCAGGAAUUCGGGCCCUGCCACGAUUGGUUCUUAAACUCUUUCACUCCUGGCGAGGUUAACCGGCAAAGGGCGAAGACCCAUGAAAUGUUGUACCGAACUUACGUGCUUGGGGAAGCCAAUGCUCGCGCCGCUAAUCAUCAGAUAGUUCGUGAGUGGCGAACGAUGGUUAGGGAGCGGGCGGAUUGGGAGGGUUACCGCGAACGGAUGCUGAAACGUAUCACCGAAUUUGAAAAGUCCAAAGCUGCCUUUGAUGAGGAGAAGGCCAAGUUUGACGCAGAUAAGAAGGCAGAGGAAUGGGCGCGCGAGGGCCUGAAAAAUAAACUACAAGCUGCUGAGCAGCAACUGGCCAAGGAGAAGGCCGAGUUUAAGCGCAUAUGCGAGAAAGAUAAUGAGCGCGCGUUCGCAGCUCGGAAUAAGAUUGUUGAUCUUGAAGCUAAGAUUGUGGAGCUUACUGCGAGGGUUGAGGAUGCACAAGCUGAAAAGGCUGCCAAGCAGCAGAUUGAGGUUGAGUUGACUGAUGUGAAGGUGCAAUUGUCCAGCAAGGAUAAAGAUCUCUAUGCCAAGGAUGUUGAGAUCGCUGAGCUUAAACGCCGCCUGAAUGAGCAGAUUAAUAGAUGCGAGUCCUUGGAGAUCGACCUCGAGGCAGAAAGAGUUAAGGCUGCCACUGCUGAAGAGGCGCGUGCAGUUAGUGCCGCCGCUCUUAAUGGAGCGUAG